AUGGUUGGUGACAACAUUCUCAAACUCGCAGUUCUCAUUGAUGCGGACAAUGCUCAGUCCUCCUUCAUUGAUCUUCUCCUCUCCGAAAUUGCGAAAUACGGUACAGCUUAUGCGAAGCGAGCAUAUGGAGAUUGGACUAGACCCAAUUUGCAGGGCUGGAAGAAUGAACUUCUUAAGCAAUCGAUCCAACCAAUCCAGCAGUUCUCGUAUAUCCAUGGGAAGAAUGCGACCGACUCAGCUAUGAUUAUAGACGCAACGGACCUUCUGUACUCUAACCGAUAUGAUGGGUUCUGCCUCAUCUCAAGCGAUAGUGAUUUCACCCGGCUGGCGGCUCGUAUCCGCGAGUCAGGAGCGACCGUGUACGGAUUCGGUGAGCAUAAAACGCCCAAGGCCUUCGUCGCUGCAUGCGACAAAUUUAUCUACACUGAAAAUCUCGUGCAUCUCGAUGAGCUUGUUCCGCAUGCGGACAGCGUUAUCGUUCCUGAAAAUCAUUUAUCGGCCCGACACACUCAAAAUAAUAGCCGCCUAGCAAAUCAGUCGCGAACAACGGUAGAAGCAGUCUCCGAUGACGAUGGCUGGGCUAGGCUCUCUAACGUCGGUCAGCUCCUCACAAAAAAUUAUCCUGACUUCGACUCUCGUACCUAUGGAUACCAUAAACUCAGUGACCUUAUCACCGCCAUCCCUCUGUUUGAAACUACCCGCCGCUCCCUUCGAAAUGGAUUACCCACGGAGAUCUUGGUACGCGAUAAGCGUAGGAAGCCUAAAGGUUCUGCUACGUAA